AUGAACUCCUUUGAGUUUAUCUCAGUUGAGCUCAUAGCCGGUGAAGCUUCACACCUGGCUCAUUACAACAAGCGUUCCACCAUCACCUCUCGAGAGAUCCAGACUGCCAUCCACCUCCUCCUGCCCGAAGGAGGCCAAGCAUGCUGUCUCCGAGGGCACCAAGGCCGUCACCAAGUACUCCGGCUCUCCAAUCCUCCUUUCCUCCCCAGCCUGACUUUCCAUGACCCACAGAGAACCAGUCAUUACAUCAUUUCCUUUUUUUUCUUGAAGAAACAUAAAGAUCAUAAACAGGGGCGGACUGACAACUCAUGGGGCCCCCGGGCAAUAGGGGAUCAUGGGGCCCCUGUGUCCUUGCCCAAGCUCAAAAAAGCCUAUGAAAAAGGUACCAGGGGCAUCUCAUGGGGCCCCCUACUGACCCCGGGCCCUCGAGCAGUGCCCGAGUUUUCAUAUGGUCAGUCCGCCCCUGAUCAUAAAUGA